CAAAGCUUUCAGCCAAUGGCAGUCGAAAAUCUCUCAACAGACGACACUCGAUUUCGCUGCUUCUCCACGUGUUAUUAAAUUCUGAAUCUGUUUGUUAACAAAAUAAAAAGAAGAGUUAGUACUUGCGUGUGUCAGAUAAAAAUUGUUUUUUUCCCCACCGCUUGCAUUGUGAAUAAGCACGAGAGCAAGUCGCCGAUAUGGAUGGCCUUUUAAAUUUACUGCCGUUGUACACGGAGAGCGUCGAAGGUGAACACAAUCUCGGACAGUUUCUCGAGACGUGCAGGGCCCAUCAGAGUUUCGGUGAACUUGUCGCAAAUGAAAUCGACUUGAAUCAUGCCGUUGGCGUUAUCAAUUCCAAGCUCAACAAUCCCGAUUCCAGGACCGAGGGAGCUCUCCUGCUUGACGUAGUCAUAACUCAGUGUGGCACAGACACCUUCACCUCCAAUUGCGUUUUGUGGACCCAACAGGUGAUGAGAUUACUGCACGGUCCAUCCAAAAUGAAUGUCGGACCCACAGCCUGUAAAGUUUUGGGAAAAUUGUUGGCAUUUUCCUCCCAGUUUCCAGAACUCUCCCGGCAACUCAGUACCACAGUGAUUUCACAACUGGUAGCCUUGCUCUGUGAGCCGGAAUUGUUACAAAAGGCUUCCAUUACAGUGCAUGUCCUUGAGUGCCUCAAGACCUGUAUGAAAUAUUAUGGUAACCCGUGUGGCACAGUGAAGGGUACUAUUGAGCGAAGCCUUUUGUCACUGAUUGAUUGGGACGAAAUGGCCACCGAUCCCAGCUUACGCGCUACCUGGGCGGCCUGCAUGGCGCAGUUGCCCAGCGUCGGCGGCAGCGGAUCGCAAGGAGCCCAGCACAGAAGCAAUUGGAUCGAGUUUUGCGUGCAACUCAUCGAUUCGAUCCAUGGCACCAUCAACGGGAUGUUUAGAAACAUUGAGGAGCUGAAGACACAAGAAGCUUCCUCGAACCCAUUGAAGCUGCCAGCCUUGCAACAUAAAAACCCGAUGGUUUUACUACACGAUCAACAACGCCGAUUUAUAAACCUCUGCGCAGCAUUAGUCUUGUUGCUAACGGAGCCGUUCCCCGUUGCGAAGAAUGUGCCGAUUGAUCGACUUUUGGCAAUGAUCUCUCGACUUUUAGCGCUCAACAGCAAAAGUCUGUCGAAGACGGCGAGAGCUAAUUUUGAACAAUUGACCUUGGCGUCCAUCAUCCCCGACCUUCAGUCAUCCGUCUUGGAUGUGCUGAAAUCGCUGGUGGCCGUCUGCAGGAGUCAGCUAUUGACGAGAGCGACAACCGUUAUGAACCUUUUCGUUCAAGUGCUCCAGUGGACUUUCACUCCACUUGAUCGACGUCGAGUCGGAGUUGAGAGACCCUACGGGAAAUUACGCAGCCAAGUCUAUAGGAACUUGUGCUUAUGGGUGGCCGCUAGUCGCUCGGCUUGCGGAUUGGGCAAGUGUGUCGAUGUACUGUUUAGCCAACUGCUGUCAGAUAUCCUCGUUCAUCGCGACACUGUCCAGCUGCUGACAGUAAAUCCGCCCAGCAACGGGAAGACGACCAAAAAAGGAAAGAAGAAGAUGGAUACUCCCGGAGUGAUUCUCCAGAAAGAUGAUUUAAAAGCUAAUGCUGACGUUUGUCAGAUGGCCCUUCAGUGUCUAUCUACAAUCCUUCUCUGCUGCGGACCCAGGAUCAAGCCCACAAUACAUAAGGAAGUCCAAGAAAUCGUCUUAUCGAUUCUUGUCGAAAUUAUGAAUGGUGCUGAAUUAAACACGAUUCUGCCGUACAACGACCCCCGUUGCCGAGCUGGCCUCUAUCAAUUAUUGGAGAAAUUGGUGCUCUGCCCCAGUCCUCAGUGGCCGGCUCCACUCAACUAUGCUUCAGCCGUUCUCAACAAUGGACUCAACGAUCCCAAUCUUGAGGUAUCGACGAGAUGCAUCGAAGCCUUGGCGUCGAUCCAGUCGAUAUUGCGACCCAGAGGGCCGACGUUUAACUUUGCGAUGGAAAUGAAACAAUUGCGCUCCAUCCAGCAGGAAGCUCCUUUAUUGAAUGGCUGGGCCGCCAAGAUGGUGGAACCCUCACUGCCGACAUCCGCUCCAUCGCAACCAGCGCCAGCCGCCAUGUCCAUUGAGAAGCCACCAGUUGUCGCGAUCGAUCAGCUGUCGACACCACCGCGCCGACAGAUUCCCCCGAAUUCGGUCGAGUCGACGGUCGAAAUUCGCCAACCCGAGACAUCGCCGCCACCGUCCAAGCGACUUUCUCUCACCAAAACGAAUGGCAAACACGACGAUGAUUUUUUAACACCUCCUAUGGGUGUAACGACGAUAUCCAGCGAGUCCCCAGUCAAAUCACCGAGAGUGAUGACGCGCAAGGAAGCGCUCAAAGUGCUGGCCGCGGCUAUGCCACCGCAAUCAGCCAAGGAGCAAUCACCAAAUCCUCCCAAGACGAAGCAAACGAAAAAUAAAGCGUCGCCCGCUCGGAAGAGGCCUCUUGACGAUUCCAAACCAACGGCGGAACCCCUACAAGAAAAGAUGGAGAUUGAAGAGACCGAAAACGGGGUGGAUGAACUGGAUGACACUUUGGAUGACAUGUUAGCUUCGUUUCACGAUGUACCAGCCUAAAGAAUGAGCAAUUGACACGAAUAAAAAGAAAGGAUGUCUAAACAAAAA